CAUUUAUACGCAAUAUUUACGUAUUCGCUGUUUAAUCAGAUCGAUUCUAUUUUAGGUUCGAUUCGUAUAAAUUCGAUGUUAGUUCUUUUCGAUGAUCGAUGUGACUAGAUGUUGAGGCUAAAAUCGUUCAUCGGUUAGCUUGACGAUAAAUGCAAUACAGGUGCAGCGUAUAAUUUUGUUUACAUGUUCUAAAAUGGCAACGUCGGGGAACUGUUAGCAUCGGACGAGCACGCGACGAGAAAAGCUACGACGAUUACACAUAAGUGAAGUAGAAUGCGUAGAUCACAGAUGGAUAAUCUGACGUGGUCGUUUCACACAAGUGGACUUGCUAGUGCAAGCAACCCUUGGCCAGAACUUUGCCAGAAGAAUCAAAUCAAACAUUCUGCGCGUAAAAAAGAUUUUAUAAAUAUUGGUGAGAACAGAAUAGUGAGCCUGGAUACUUUGGAGUAUCCAGAGCUUGGUGAUACAAUUGUUAGGAGCAGAAAUUCUGUGCUACCAAAAGAAGAAUGUUUGCCAAGUUGCAGUGUACAGACUUUAGUCCCUGUGCAGACAAACAUAGAACCAAAGAGGUCAAAAACCUUAAAAAGGUACAAACGGUCAGACAGAAUUUGUAUCAACCUUCAGGAAGCUUUGCAGAAUACUAGGUGUUUAAAUAAAAUGAACAAUAAAGAAUUUCCCAAAUUGAAGAUUAAUCUGUACAUGGGAAACCUAGGAUUUACAGUGCCAAACAUGCUAGAUAGAAACAAAAGUUCUGAUCUUAGAAAAGUUAGGAUAUGCAUUUCAAAGGACAAGAAGAUCUCGAAAUUGAAGAGAAUCAUAUUAUUCGAGCGUGACAUGAAGGCACAGAUUAACAUACACAAGGGAGAAACAUUUGAACGUGCAAAGAUAGAGACUGUUUGCAGAGAUGUGGAUGCCAUUAAUUUUAAUGCUUUGAAGAUUACAGCAGAUCCGGAAAUAGACGUGGAUUAUCCAAGAGGCAUGUGUACAAUGACACUAUAUGGCAACGACUACAGAGUUAGAAACGAGAUAAAUCUUUCCGACAGUACUCUGUGCCAUAGACCUGAUGUCAUUGACAAAAUAAAUAAUCUGAAGAUUCAAGGAAGGCAGUUGACGUAUAGACCAGUCGGAGACGGUAAUCGUAUAGAGUUCCCUCAACCGCAAAUGAGCAUGGUCGAAAACGAUAUCGUCGACCAGAUUUUUUCUCUUAAAAUAGAAGAAGACACGAACCAAGAAAAUAGCGCAGAAAUAGACGAUAAAAGCUUGAUAAAAUUUUCUCACAAUUUUAGAGAAUAUUGUACAAACAUAUUGACGACAAGCCUGAACGACAGCCUCGAAAAAUUUCUAAAGGAAAUUACGAGGCUCCAAAAAAGAUAUCACGUAAAAUAUCCGAACAAAUCUCAGUAUAAGCGCCGAUAUUACUCCGGUUUGAGAGAAGUUCGAAAGCAGGCAGAAUUGAGGAAGCUUAAAUUCGUGAUUGUCGCGCCAGAUAUUGAGAAAGUCGAACUGGAAGACGGAUUGGACGAUCAAGUGAAUAAAUUGCUCGAAACAUGCAGGAGACAGAACGUAGUUUUCAGCUUUGGAUUACGAAGGCGGAAAUUGGGAUACUAUACUCACGGAAAAGGAUUCGUGGGAUGCGUUGGCAUUGCAAAUUAUAGCGGGACGGAACUGCUUUUCAAGAACGUUUUAAUCGAGCUGGUGUACGCACGAAACGCGUUCAAAAAACUAAAUGGCGCCGCAGACAACGCUAUCGAUAUAUCGAAAAUCGUCUCGGAGGAUUUCUUGCCUUCGGAAAAUAUUAACGCGCUUUUAAAAAUUUUAUCUCACAAUAUGCAUAGUUGA